AUGAGAAACGAUUGUCAUCUCGUAACUCCUCUCGGCUCAAACAGCCACCAAGUUCACACUCGCACACACACCCCAUCUACCUUCCCCCAGACUUGCUUCUCCAUGACUGGCCUGAUUCCCCACCUCUCCUUCGGCGGCACCACACUCGUAAACUCGCAUACUGUCCGUCUUCACAAUUCGGUGCGUGAUAAGAAUGGGUACAUCUGGAAUCACGGUUUAAAUAGAGGGAUCAGCACACGUGGGGCCCCGGGAGCCCGAGCCGAGGGGAGUGAGCGUGGAGCAGGUCUCAUUACAGUCUGCCUCAGGCUGCCGCAAUGA